AUGAAUACACGGCCGGAGAAUGCGGCGGUGGUUCCGCAGCCCUCAAAGCGGGCUACACGGUAUUCGGCGGAAAUGGUGAAGCUGCUGUGGAUUAUGGACCGAACGCCUUCCUCAAACUGGGCCUCCCUUUCGACAUCGCUGUCGCAGCUGCUCAAGUGCAUAGAAAGCAAUAUUGAGGCGGCUGCCGAAGUUGUGCCAGAUCCUUCGCUGCUCUGUCGCGUCAUUUGGAAGUGCUUUGACCCACAGGGUGUAAUGGGCGUGCAUCGAAAAACCCUUGACGUCUUGCAGCGCCUCUGCCUCUGCGCGGGGACCUCCAUGCUCAUACAGCGAAUGCCGCUGUUGCUCGUUGGCGUGCUUGAGCUCCUGCCUCAGUGCUCUAUUCAGGUCAAGGGAGAGUUGCUGAAUUUUGUGGAGGUUUACAUGCUGCGCACACUUCCCCCUGCGGUCGUGGCUGUAGAGCUGCCUGGAAUCCUUUCAGGUGUAUUGGGUGGCCUGGAGGAAAGCGACACAAGCGACGUGUAUCGUUCUACCCUUCAAAUAAUGGAGACCAUUCACGCAAUGCUAAAUAGUGCGUCGAUAGUAACGCCUUUGACCUCGAGUGAAAGCGGGGAAAUCGGGCGCAACCACCACGAGCAGGGGACUUUGUUAGAAGACAGUGUGGCGGGGAGUGGCGACCGGCACGUGUACGCCGCACUUUGGUUGACGCUGAAAAAUUGUCCGUCGCUGCGUGGUUGUGUCUUGUUGUACAUGAAGCUGCGCUUGUCUGGGGAGGCUCCACACGCCCACACCGGCAACCGUGGCGCUCUCGCGGUGGAGGGCGCAGACGGGACCGUGGAACAGCAAAGACACAGUGGCGUGGUUGCAUCCGUGGCGCCCUCGGUCGUCCUUGCCGGCGAUCUCCGUGUUGCUCACAGCGCUAUUUUUGCCACUUUACAAGAGCCGAGCGAGCGAAAGCAUCGGCUCAUGCUGGAUGUCCUCAUCGGCGCCGUACCACUGGGCGACCAAGCAUCAUUUACAUUUUCUGAGCGUUCCUUGUUGGUGGCGGCGGUGAUUCAGCUGCUGGGCUUUCCAGAUGUUAGUAUUAGCAUUCGUCGACGCAUCGCGGCGUGGUUGACGGGCCCCGUCCCCGAAGCGGCUUCUGCCUACGUGCAGGAUGUGUCCUCCUUUCUUGUGGCCCAGGCGUUUCGGAGGGUCGUUCGCUGGUGGGAGUCCCAGUUCCUUCCCACCGAAGUGCAGGAUACUCGAACACACGCGGACCCGGUAAGUCCUCUGGAGGAGUCCUACUACCGGGUCUUAUUUACUUCCGCAUGCAAACACUGCCUUUCCCCGCUUGACCCCGCUGCAGCUGCGACGACACACAUCGACUUGAGAGAAGCCUGUGUGAUGCCGACUGUCUGGCUACGCGCCUUAGUGGGUCUUUUUCGGCACAUCUUUGCGCCCGAUGGGGUCAAUAAUGGCGACGACGACGAUAACGACGCUAUCAAUACGAAUAACGGUGGGUUUUACUGCGGCGACUGCCCCAGCUGCGCCGGGGUGUGUGACGACGACGCUGAUGGCCCCUCCAGGGCGACGGGAAACCCUUUUUUGGAGUACGUGGCUCCUUUGGUUAUGCCUUUUGUGUGUGAUUUGCUUGCUUCCAUGGAACUGUGGAGACGCGAACGGCCCCGACAGAGCGGCUCCAUUGACCCCGUCCUCAAUGCGCUCUUUGCGGUGGUCACGUGGGAUUACUUUACCCGCUACGAGCAUGACCUGGUGAGGGGACUGGAGCGGUGCUUGGAUGGCUUGCGGGAAGUGCCCGCUUCUACCGCGGCGGCCAGCGGCGUGGGGGAGGCCCCGGAAGGAUUGGGUGUGGCUGAGGCCACAAUCAAAUCCCCGUCCCCCGAUGCGCACGCCAAACUUCUAUUGGAGUUGCAGACCUGUUUUCGCCGGCUAGGCGGCUUCGCCACAGUUGUGGGGCUGCACGUGAUGGCACUGGUGGACCAGGACCUGGAGCGCACCGCCGCCUUUAUUCACGGUGUAUUCGCAACGUGUCAAUCGCUCUGCGGCGUCGUGCAGGGUGCGUGCGAGACGUUGUUGGCGCACGGCACCACUGGCGACGACACGGUGCGUUUCUCCCUUGCCCAAGUCUUGAUUAAUGGGAGCCUGGAUGCUUUCAACUUUAUUUUCUUCGGCGUGUUCUCAGCCUUGCAGGACCGAAUGGAGUUGACCGGGAAAGGUGCCGUGUUUCGGGGGAGGGAGGCUGCAUUGCUGGAUGCCAUGAUGCGCGGCGCCGUCGCCAUGGCUCAGCUCGUCUUGCGCGGGGGUGACGGGUGUGCGGAGACGCUGACGCGCCUCAACGACACCGCCUUCUCCCUGCUUCAACUCUCGCUGCAGUCGGGCAGUCAGCCUUCAUCUUCCGACAGCCUCUCUGGCCUCUGCACGGAGAUGUUGGAAAGGUGGGUGGACGCCGUUGCCUCUGUGGCAAGCUCCACCUGCCUUGCCGUGCAGCAGCACGCCUUUCGGCUGUACGUGGACCUGCUAAAUUCAGUUGCGCCACCGCAAGCACUACCGGGUGCCAUCUGCAUGCAAGAGUUGAUGCUGAGGCUGUUGCCACGCCUCUGGGAGUUCUUGGGCACUUGCAGCACAGAGAUGCAACCGCAGGUUGUGGAGCUGCUGGUUCGCCUGUACGCCACGAAGGAGUGUCGGGACAUUCUUGACGAACUCACAAGCGUGGCCACCACGGAGAACGGGGAACGCCUGCUGCUGCUGUUCCGCUUAUUGGAAGAGGAGAAUGUCGCGGAAAGUUUGUUUCGGCCCGGCUUCUUCAUGAUGCUUUGCGCCCUGGACGACAAGGACGCCUCGCUGCGACGGCUGUCCCAGUCCAUCGUGCGCCAGUCAAUUCCCUGCCUUGACCGCGUGCUGAAUCCGUUAAUUGACCGUCUCGCACAGUAUUUCAUGCCCCGUGGCACGGCGGAGGAAGUCGCGGUGGCUGAGCAGGCGAACUGCACUGCCUCCCUCCCCAGCAGUCACCUAUUGCAGGAGCAGGCGACGAAGUGCUUGGGUCCAAUGGAGUUUAUUCGUCUUGUGAAGGCUGUAUUGACCGUCCCGUCGUUUCUUUCCCUGUUCCUCGGUCGGCUGCACGCGAUGCAGCCACCUGCAGGCUCCCGAGCGUUGAUGGCGGCUGUCUUGCCAAGCCCCUCAGAGGACCGAAGUGGUGAAGAGCGAGAGGUGGAGAUGCCUUUGGAUUCCUCUUUUGCGGUGCUUGCUGGCCUGCUUUUGGGCAUCGUGCGUCGGAGCCUCCGAUCGCAGUGCGGCGGGACCGGGGGCGACAGCCCGCGUCUGCGCGUUGAGCUCUGUACGGAGGCAUGCGAGGCACUAAACCUGAUGCUGGAGGGGACGCUUUCCCUCCCCGACGUGUCAGAGACAAUUGUGCGCACGUGGCACUGUACCUCGCUGCACAUGCUGGAUCUCCUCCGUGUGGUGGUGCGGCGAUCACCGUUUGCGGGGGUGCAGGUGUUGAUGCUGCGGCACUUCUUGGACGCCGUGCGCCUGCUGGACGCCUUGGACCCAACCGCUACGACCUUCCCCCGUGACCCCUCUGCAUGCGUGCUGGCCAAGGCGCCUCCCCAGGUCGGGGCCUCAGCAACGGUGGCGGACGAGGCGGAACGAGUCAGUUCUCACAACUGCAUUCUGGCACUUAAAUUGCAAAAAUUUUACGAUACAGCUUCGGACGGUGUGGAGCGGGCUGCGGCCGCGGCUCUGACCUCCGGCUGGGCUGUCGAUGACCUCCUUUCCAUGUGGUGUGGCGCGCUGCUAGAGCUCCUGCCCUUUUUCCACGAGCAGCGCGAUGAGGCGUUGGGGCGCCUCUUGCAUGUAUUCAUCCGGGUGAUUGAUGAGCUGCGGCUGCAACCCGCUUCUCCGACAGGGUCGGCCGCCGCACGAGUGGUCGAGAAGUGCCUGAUGAGCAUUUAUGGUAUACUGAAGUUUCACCUUGCCGCGGAGAGGCAGACGCUUCAGUGCCACGCCGCUGGGAAGCGCGUCCCCGUGGGUUGGUUUGCGGCACAUGUUCCAAUCCUUAGCGGCGGCGGGGGUCCCUCGGCUGCGCAGAAGGCGGCGGGCUCAGAUGCGGCGCCCUACGAAGCCGUGCGGCGUUCUAUACGGCCUGUUUUGUCAACACUGUGCAAACUGCAUUGUAGCGGGCAUCAGGCUCGGCUCGCCGCGGGUGCGGCUGGGGGCGAGCGGCAAAGCGGCGGAGCCUAUGACCGUGUGCCGGCGUCGCAUGCGGAGAGUGGCAUCCAUCGCGUGCUACGGUUGUACGCCCAAGAGCUGGGGGCCGAGUUCUACAAGGCAUACAUAGAGGUCUGGGCCGCCCGCCACGCCCGCCCGUGGGAGACGCUGUUCACGCCGUCAAAGCCUACGCCGUCGGAAACAGCAGGCAGGCACUCGUUGCAGGGCGCCAGAAACCGCAGGAGUCAGUUGUCCCCCUUCACGGUGUCAGGUGGCGACGCAGCAUCGCCCGCUCCGUCCUCGCUCAGCGAUCCGGAGCUGCUCGCCCAGUUACUGAAUACAGCAACUGGGAUAGCCGCGUUGCCGCUGGUUCACGUUGUCGAAGAACUCUUGGUAAAGCAACGCUCGACCGCGACGAAUACUUCCGCUGCGUCCUCCCGGCACCACGCGUUGGGGGCGGAGAUGCCAUUUGAUGCUGUCGCGUUUUGCUUUUUGCACACCUUUCUGUGUGCGUGCCGUGUGCCUCCCGGUGACGCCCAGGAGGUGCUGAGUGCGUUGAUUGGGGUUGCCACGCUGCACCUCUCCCAGGGAUCCCCGUCACUCGUCUGCUUGCCACUCAUCGUGCAGGUUCUCGCUCACUUUGUGUUGGGCCACUCGCUUCUGCAGUCGCCGGCCUCUUCCUCGUUGUGCGGCAGUGACGAGGCGGGCCGGGUGGAGUGGGGCAGGGACAAGCGUUGCGCUCAGAUCAUAUGUAAAGUGUUGGACGCCUUAUGUACCGCGGCGUCGCACACCGCCCCACCGCAGGCGGAGCUGCUGUUUGCGUUCCGGGUGCUUGCCGUCUCCCUCCCGGCGCUUGCCUGCAGUGCCCUGCUGGACCAGGACCGCAUAGCGAACGCCGUCUUGAGUUUCUACAAAAGGUCUCUUCUCCCCAGCAUCAUGUUUGGCGUCGACGCACAGACAGACGCGGAGACGCGCGCCCGCACCCCGCUCGUGAAGGCAGCGCUGUCUGUGUUGCAGGUCAUCGUAAAGUUUGGCGACGCCAUCUCACGGCGGCUUCGGCAGGAGUUGCUUGACGCCCUCUGCACCUGCGACUUCUUUCGUUUUCCGCAGAGCGUGGUACAUGAAUGGGGCGUCAUCUUUGAGUGGCUGUCGCAGGAUCGGACAUUUCACGGGGACGCCGUGCAACUCCUGGCGCCAGCGUCCUCUCAUUCCAGCCGCAUUGUGGCGUUGAUUCAAUCCGCGGAGGAGGAGGAGCGGCAGCGUGUGCGCCAGGCAAAACGCCUUGUCUUUUACGUGACAUGUGUGCCGCCCGCCACACUGAUGCUGGACAGGGAGUUUUGCCUUUUGCUUCGGGAAUGCAUCGCGGAAAACCUUCGCGCGUUUCACUCCGCGGCGUCGGGGAGCGCCGUCAGUAAGUCCGGCUCCGGCUACCGCUCUGUGCGCCACGCCCUCUUCCUUUUCCGUGUCCUGCUGACGAAGCUCGACCCUGCCCUGCUGCAUCCGUUCUGGCCAAUUGUCCUUCCCGGCGUGCUCCGCGCGCUCUCCCUUCCCUCCCCGGCGGGCGACGCAGCGCCGGCGGCGGCUACAGCGCGAGCCCCGGACGGGGAGCUCUUGGCGCUGCAGAUGGAGUGCCUUAAGCUGCUCGACUUUUUGGUGGUGAUUAUGCCCGGCACAUUUGCCCCGUUCCGUUGGGUGUUUUUCGACGAUUUGGAUGCCGCUGCCACCCUCGCGCCGUCUGCUGCGACAGCGGCGUUUACGCCUUUAGUGCAUCACCUGGCACCGCCUCCGCGGCCACGCGCGGUGUCGCUCCACGACGUUUGGGCGCCUGCGGUAUUCUCCUCUGAUGCCUUUGCCGUGUGGGGGGGAUACCAGCGGCCUCUCCUGCGCUUUCCGCCUGUGUGCUACAGCAAACUGCCGGGAAUCGGCGCGUGUGCCGGAGCGCUUUCCCUGUUCUCUUACUCUGCUGGUUUGCUGACGACGGCUGGAACGCAUGAGCAGACGUCGUCGUCUUUAGUUGCGUCUACGCGACUUAUCGAUGGCUGGGACGAGGCGUACGUGCGCGCGCUCGUGGAAGCGGACUUCUCUUGCGUCUUGGAGGAGAACGUCUUCGCUUCUCCCUCUUGCUAA